UUGGUUUUUUAACCAAAAUAAAAUUCAAUAUUUUAUCUGAUUGUCAUUGUACUGCUGAAAAAUCUUAGCCACAUGUUUUAUACAAAAUAAGAGAAGUAUACUGUCAAAUUUCAUGUACUUUCUACAAACAUUGCAAUAAUGGAGCCAGACUGGUAACUUAAUAAAAAUAUAUGCUUUCAUUGCCGUAGACCUUUGUUGCUAUUUGCAGUACAUGUUUAGUUGUUUAGUUGCCAUUUGCUAGAGCCAAACCAAUCAUUCUUCAUUUGAUCACUGUGUCUUUACUUUGAUUCAAAGGCUACAAGACUUCACAACUACCUUUAGUUUUGUUCUUUGCUCUUGUUCCUCAUUUCCUGGAUCAUAACCCAACCUCUUCAAUUUGCCUCAUCAAUUCCUCUUCUAAGAGAUGACUUGUGAAACCAAGACAUGGUUGGUUAUGCUUCUUUUCUUGGUUGCUAACUACAUGAUGCAACAUUGUGUCCAUGGGGUAUCCCAAGUUCCUUGCCUUUUCAUCUUUGGGGACUCUUUAUCUGAUAGUGGAAACAACAAUGAACUUCCAACCUCUGCAAAAUCUAAUUUCAGACCAUAUGGGAUCGACUUUCCAUUAGGACCAACUGGAAGAUUUACCAAUGGCAGAACAGAAAUUGACAUAAUUACUCAACUUCUGGGAUUUGAGAAAUUCAUUCCACCCUUUGCAAACACUAGUGGUUCAAACAUACUUAAAGGUGUUAACUAUGCAUCAGGUGGAGCUGGAAUACGCAUUGAAACCGGCUCGGACAUGGGUGCUACUAUCAGCUUGGGAUUACAGUUAGCAAAUCACAGAGUCAUAGUUUCUGAAAUUGCUACGAAACUUGGAAGUCCUGACUUAGCUCGACAAUACCUUGAAAAGUGCUUGUAUUAUUUGAACAUAGGCAACAAUGAUUACAUGGGCAACUACUUCCGUCCCCAGCUCUACCCAGCAAGCCGCAUUUAUAGCCUUGAGCAGUAUGCACAAGCUCUGAUUGAAGAGUUAUCUCUGAAUUUGCAGGCUUUACAUGACCUUGGAGCGAGAAAGUAUGUGUUGGCUGGGUUGGGCCUUAUAGGAUGCACACCAGCUGUGAUGCAUUCUCAUGGGACAAAUGGAUCUUGUGUUGAAGAGCAUAAUGCUGCUACAUACGAUUAUAAUAACAAGCUUAAAGCUCUAGUGGAUCAGUUCAAUAACAGGUUCUCUGCUAAUUCCAAAUUCAUCCUUAUACACAAUGGAUCAAACGCCCUUGACAUUGCACAUGGGUUUUUGGUUUCGGAUGCUGCUUGCUGCCCAUCAGGGUGUAAUCCCAACCAAAAGCCGUGCAAUAAUAGGAGUGACUAUGUGUUUUGGGAUGAAGUUCAUCCCACCGAGGCAUGGAACCUAGUUAAUGCAAUAUCAGCUUAUAAUUCUACCAUUGAUCCAGCCUUUACUUAUCCAAUGAAUAUCAAGCAACUUGUAGACUGUGAAGUUAAGAGGGAAUUGGAGUUCAGGAAUGAGUCCACUUCACAGCUCAGUGCCACUGAAUAAGUUCUGGCUAUCACCUAGUCUUUCAUUUGGAGCUAAAUUAAUUGAGUUGAAUAUGUACGAAGUAAUGGCCUGCUACUGAAUUGAACGACAAAGGGGAAUGAAUCAAGCACAGUUGCUGUUAUGGAAUCCAAUUCAAAAUCAUUAAGCCAUAAUGAUUUGGUUUCAAAAUCCUCUCCUGAAAUUUGAUUUUGUACUGUUUAUACUCUUUUCUUUGUUUAGAACCAAUAUAUUGACAUGAGUUAUACUAUUUAUGUAAUAUUUCUUUACAACAUUAUUAUUUCUCUCUUUCUUAAUCA